GGGCUCGGGCGGUUUUUAAAAAGCCAAGGCAGCUCCCAAGUUGAUCAGUCUGCUCUGCAACCUCAGCUGGAGAAAGUACUGCUAAUUGAAGGGGAGUGUUUUGGGAGUUUGGCUUUUUGUUUUGAAUGCAAAGGUUUUUUUUCCUCCUGACAAUCAUUUUGAGAGGGGUGAGAGAGCAUCAACUUAUACAAGCCUAGAAUUAAUGUGCUUUUUAAUUUUUUUAUUUUUUGAAUUAGGUGGCAACAAUACUUGGAUAAAGACUCUUGGCUUUAGCUUUUAAGACUGGGAUUAUCUGAUUGAGGCAUUGUGCUUCAUUAGAGCGGUCCACUUUUCCCCCCUUCCUCCUCCUCCUUCCCUCCACCUCCUCCUCCUCCUCCUCCUCUCCGCAAUUUUUACGCGAUAACUUAGACGAGACGACAACAAUGUUUGGGACUUUGUGCCUCUUGGUGACGCUUCUGUGGGGACUGCGCGGCUGCUGCUGCUGGGGCUCGUACGUGCCGUGCGAGCCGUGCGACGACAAGGCGAUGUCCAUGUGCCCGCCGAUCCCGAGCGGCUGCCAGCUGGUCAAGGAGCCGGGCUGCGGCUGCUGCCUCACAUGCGCCCUGAGCGAGGGCCAGGCGUGCGGCGUGUACACGGGGACGUGCGCGCAGGGCCUCCGCUGCCUGCCCCGCAGCGGCGAGGAGAAGCCCCUGCACGCCCUCCUCCACGGCCGCGGAGCGUGCAGCAACGAGAAGGGAUACAAACCCUCGCACCCGCCCAUAGACCGUGAGUCUCGGGAACAUGAGGACACCAUGGUUACAGAGAUUACAGAGGAGCUGCAGCCGGCUAAAGUUCCACUCCUGACCAAAGACAUUGUCAACAGUAAAAAAGUCCACGCCAUGCGCAAGGAGCUGAAGAGGAAGCUGGGAAAGCAGCGCUCCAUGGGCUCCCCGAUGGACUACUCCCCACUGCCCAUGGACAAACAUGAACCUGAAUUUGGACCCUGCCGGAGGAAACUGGAUGGCAUCAUUCAGGGAAUGAAAGACACUUCUCGAGUAAUGGCUCUAUCUUUGUACCUUCCCAACUGUGACAGAAAAGGGUUCUUCAAACGCAAACAGUGCAAGCCAUCCCGUGGCCGCAAACGGGGUAUCUGUUGGUGCGUGGACAAGUACGGCAUUCAACUCCCAGGAACAGAUUACAGCGGUGGAGACAUUCAGUGUAAAGACCUGGAGAGCACCAAUAACAACAAUGAGUAAAAGAAAAAGGAAUAUAUAUAUAUAUAUAUAUAUAUAUAUAUAUAUAUAUAUAUAUAUAUAUAUAUAUAUAUAUAUAUAUAAAUGGACCGCAAUCAAAUGCCGCCCACACCCCAAAUCCUAACUUCUCCAACACCCACAGCCAACAUUUCCUCUUUGAAUGACGUGUGUAUGCACCCCUCUCACCCCAAGAGCUAUUCACCCUCCUGUUACGUUCGUUUUUCAGGAACAGCAGCAAUGUUCCUUUGACCCGGGGAGGUGAGAAACGGAAAAAAUUUAGGAACUCCAUUUGUAAUCAUUCAAUUAUGUGAAAUGAAUUGAUUACACAUAUUAAGCCAAGCAAAUGACAUUUCAUACCCAAAAAAAAAAAUCGUCUUAAGAUGGGUCAAUUUGACUCGCAACAUAACAGGAGGGUUAAGAUUUAUUUUCAAAGACACAAUGUUCAAAACGAAAAGAACACCUGUAUAUUUUUUUUAUUGUAUGUUGUUGACCAAGCACUCAUCUCCAAAUUGGGGGGGAGGGUAAAGUCCUCAAAUAUCCCUUGACUGCAGCUCACGGGACACCUUGUACAAGUCAGGUUUUCUGGCUGUCGAUUAAUGAAAAAUAUAUGCACAUACUGGAUAUAUUUUUAUAACUGGGAGUGGGUGGGUUACUGGGUUUCAGGGGGUCGGGACAGUGCAGCAGUUGUAAUUCACAAAUUGCAUGCAAAAAUACAAAGUCCCACACAUGACAUUGGGGGUCCCAAGCAGUUAAUUGGAAUUAUAUUAUACCCAUAAAUUAGUAUUUUGUGCAUGUUAUAACUAUUUUGUGGGCACAAUUUAUUAUUUUGUGUGCACAAAUUAGCAUUCUGUGCACACAUUAUAUCAAUAUUGUAGCCACAAUUAAAACGGAAAUAUCCCAUGUCAUGUCAGGGGCUCCAUACAAAAUUAUUGUGUGGACGAAUAAAAAGAGGGAAAAUCAGUUGACAGAAUUAAUACGUUAGAACUGUCCAUUGGCGAGAUUGAAACAUGAGACACGGACGCGCUGCACCAGUUCUAUGGAUAUGUGGUUCUGUCAGAGCACUUAAACAAAUAGGAGCAAUCUUCUUAGAUGUCUAUCUUCAGAAAAUAAAGUGUGCUUGAACGCAUGGAUGUUUACAGUGUGAGUGCGUGGUAUGUAUUAGCCUGCUUUGCUGUAUAAUGGAGUGAGCCUAUUCUAUUACAAAAAAAGAAUGUCAUUUUAUUUCUCUCUCCUUUGAUUUUUCCUUUGUCGCAAGUGCUGCUUGCAGACUGCUCUCUAAUGUAAAUUCAUGUUAGACGUGGAGCGUUUGGCAAAAGAGGACGCCGAUUGUUACAGGUGGACUUGUGUAAGUGGUUCUUUGACUAUGUAGCUGGCCUGAUAUGCCAACUGUGCCUAUUUUGAACAGACACUGCCAAGCGGGGGCGCUGACUUACCUGAUGAAAUAAAAGGCAAAAAAAAAAAAAAAAAAAA